AUGCGUUCCCUGGUACUAACCCUGCUGCUGUUCCUUACAGCCGUGGGUGCUACUCCCUUCCUCGAGAAUGCAGGAGGAGACACUGAUACCGUUGAGUCCUACCUCAUCGGGAACGACGCCCGCUCUAUUGAGGUAGAUCUUAUUCUAGAGGCUACCAAAACCCCGGAAAACGCAAAGGGGGCGGCGGUACCGGCAGAGGGCGUGGAGUUGGCAACGGCGGGUCCCUCAGCGGUGCCGGCGGUUGCACCAUCACCGGCUCCGGCACGCCAAAAACCUUUGGCAGUUACUACGGCGGCGGCGGCGUCCCAUUCACUAGCGGCAAGCCUACACCCAGCGAGCUUCUCCAUCUCUACCUUAGGGUAUCGGCCGUCUACCUCUUUUUUGCCGGGGAGUGGCUAUAUAGUGGCAUCCAUUCAUACUGGUAUGACGACAAGGCGGAGUACCAGAAUACCGAAUUACCGGUGCUGUACCUGUGACAGGAGUACUCAGUGUGCGGAUGCGAAGGCGUUUAUUGACUCCACUGGCAUGGUGGCCAAUACGACCCCCAGUCGGCUGGUGGAGGUGAAUGGGACGAGGACAAUCGUGAUCAAUGGGGUGUUGGCGAACGGGACCACGGCGGGUGGGGGUACUGAGGCGGUUUCGGGGGCAGAGGCGACUCAGGGAGCGGGGAUGCUAAUGUUGGCGGUUGUGGUGGCGGUAGGGGUGGUCAUGGUGUUGUUGUAG